AUAUUAAGAGUGUGAUAAGAGCCAGUGUUUACUUCAUAACUAUAAGAAAUUGAUCUAAAGUUGCUGCGUGUUAUCUCAUGAAGAAGAUAUCAAGAUGUUUAAGCUUAAUUUCAUAUAUUUACAUGGAUUUAUAAUUUGUGUUUCUAACACUUUUUCACCAGUAAAAACUUUAGAUUGUAUUUCAUUACAGUUAAACGAAACAACACCAGUUAGUUGUACGGCAACUAAAUACAACGGAGACGACUGUAAUGAAACGCUGUUGGAAUCGAAGUACAACCAUUUGUAUGGCAAAGAUAUGUAUCCGGGAUGUCCCAACGAUCUACAAUUAAAACCCACCAUGACAAUUCAUCCGGAGUGGCCAAAUAAUGGUUAUUAUCCGGGAUUUGUAGUAACAAUACAACCUCCACGAACUGCUGAUUUCCUGUAUGUUAAAGGGUUUCAGUUGGAUUACCAAGAUAGCAUUGGUAAUAAGAGAUGUAUAGUGUUAGAACUUGUUAACACAACACUUACACCAAAACAUAAGGAGAAUGAUUUGAAGUUUCAAGUGAAAAUAUAUCCACUGGCACAAAAAAACAGGGAUUACAUCUUCAAUGCUUACAGUCUACCGACACCCAAAUACACAGAGGAGAAAGAAUUUCAAACCAGAUAUGGACAAACUAAUAAAUGGGAAUUACAGUUUUCAUAUCAAUGGAGAACGACGAUUGCUUUCUAUGUCAACCAGAAAGACAGAUUUAUUGACUUCCGGUUUGUACCAGCUCCAGCAGAAUUACAAUUCUACUGGUAUAACAUAACAUUGUCCAGAAUUGUAUCAAAUGAAGGCACAUCUAUCGAAGCCAGACAUACCGUAUCAUCUAUGGGAACAAACCUGACAGAAAUGUCUUUCCAUGACAUUGAACCCGGUCGUUACAGAGUUGGGGUACAACCAUUUGACGACAGAGCAAAAAGUCUUUCUGAGUGUAAAUGUAAAAACAAUUUCUUAGUCUGUGUGUCCUGCUUGAAAACACUGACACGUGUGAUAGAGAUCCCUGUCGAAAACACCCCUAGUGCUCCGAUUCCUACGCCUGCACUGCCACUUGCUACUAAACCCAAAACAUCAACAACUUCUUCGCCAUUGUCACUUACAGCAAAACACAAAACUACAGUCAUUACAACAGAGGUGGCGAUAGAACUUACAGCAAAACACAAAACUACAGUCAUUACAACAGAGGUGGCGAUAGGAGAACACACCGUUUCUGACAAGGACAUUAUGGCGGCAUCAGUUGUUGUGACGUCACAACAAGAUAACCAGACCACCAAUCAUUUGACGGUAGCAUUCAGUAUAGUUGGAUUUUUAGUCCUUGUUUUAGUAGCAGGAAUUGGUUAUAAAAUUUAUGGACAACGAUCAAAUGAUAAAAAACUGAUGGACGUCUGCAAAUAUUUUUGUAAACGCCCAUCACCCAAUGACGGAAAUGGUUAUGAGUCUCCGAGAGUCGCUGAAAAAGUGCCUCACACAUCAGUAAGACAAAAGGGUGAUGUAUUGAACAAUGAAAGAUGGAUGGUUAAAAAGAAAGUCGCCGUCAUUGCAGCAUACGAUAACGAAUUCCAUACGAAGGUUGUCGAAUCUCUCGCAACAUAUUUACAGAGUCAAGGACACUGCAAGGUCAAUUACUUCCCAUGGAAUCAAACAGACGACAAAUUCCAGUGGAUUACCCCAACAGCAGACGAUGUUGACUUCCACGUGAUAGUCUUGUCUGCGUCUGCCUGUAGUCAAUAUGACGCUUUCACAAAUAACAGACCAAUAGAUACUACAGAUAUUUUUAUACCAUAUCUAUCAAAAGUUCUCAAUCAGGUUUUAAAUCAUCAAAACAUCAUUUUUGUAAAAUUUGAUUACUCAUCUGACCUAAGUAUGCCAAACGGUCUUGGUAGUUCGUUUCAGUUAUUGGAUAAUUUUACAGGCUUCCUUUCGCAUAUACACAAGCAUAAAUCAUACGAAGAUCACAUGAAAACAUUACCCUUUAGUAAACAUCUAUCAGAAACAAGAGAAGGUCGCGAUCUUAUCAAUGCAGUUGAUAAUGUUAUCAAAAUAAGCAGGUUUCAACAAUCGAAGAUGUAUGGAUCCCGGAUGGACUCUGGGUAUAAAAGUCAUUGUGAAUUCAAUUCUGUGGAUGAAAAAGAAUGGAGAGAUUCUACACAGACUAAUGUGAUCAACGCGAUAGUACAAGAACAGCCGGUUGGUGUUCAGUAUGGUCAAUUCGUCAUUGACCCUGAUAUAUGUAGUUUUAAACCUGUAGACGAUGGCGACGGCCUUUCGCUGUUCACUACAAUAACUAUAGCCGAGGGCGAAGCAGGAGAUCGUAUAGAGACAUCCGAGGAAGCAGAACUACACUUUUACCGCGGUCAGUCAUUCGUGCAUGCUGGUGAUGCUAUUCCCAGACGCACAGCUGCGUUAGGCAGGUUAGGGGAUACUUCAAAACAACACAGACAAAUCAGCUAUGCUUAUGACAAAAAUGGACAACAGAUGAAACCGAAUCUAAAUCCAACCAAACAAGAAAAUGAACUGUGUCGAAAACAAAGUGAAUCUAAAAACGGAAGUAAGGAUAUAGAAAAUGAAGCAGGCGCGUUUAUUAUAUCGGGAGACAACUCUGUAUAUCCUGGUACCGAUUUCUUUCUGCCUCCAGAUCCAAGCAUCAACGAAGAUAUUACAACAGAGUACCAGUUUAACAUGAUGGACGAUAUAAAUCGAGGACAAUUUAAUUACGAUUUAGACAAUGUCAGUGGAAAAAGUGUCUAGCAAUCAAAAUACUUCCAAUGUGUAUACUAGUAUUAAGAUAUACUAAUUUAUACUCGUACUAGGUAAUGCUGUCUCAUUCAAAAAGUAUUAUGGUGCACAUACAUGUAUAUAUAGAUUUUUGUUUAUCGGGAACACUUUAUUAAUUUGACGUGCUGCAAGUUCAAAAAGACCUCUUAUUCCAAAAUGAUUGGGACGUAGUUAAAUGUUUUGCCGUUGUUUUAUUCAUUCAUUUAUAUGCAAUUUUUUUUUCAUGAAAUAUUUCAGAUUUGAGUCGAUUUCGGCUGAUAUUUUUUUUAUACAAGCAUAUCUGUAUUAUUGCAAUAUUCUUUAAAUUGUGUUUUAAGGGCAGCAAAUGUAGAGUGUAGUAAUUUCCCAUUCAUAUUUUGAGUGUCCUUUUUUUAGAACUACUACAAUGUAGUAGUGUGUCUUUUUUGUGUUUUUUAAUUUUGUUGUUGCUAGGAUUUUGUCAGUCCAUCUAUUAUCAAAUUAGACAUAUUUGAUUUUUAAAGCUUAAAAUUAACAUCUUCUUUCUUGUCUAUUGUAUAUAUUUAUGUUCUUGUACGCUACAUUCUGUCCCAGUAAAAUAAUGAUCAUUUCCAGUAAGGUCUAGAUCACUCACCUGCUGGAAUAGCACCAUCAGCUGGCGAUACGGCACCUUUUUGCUUAUCUUUGCACAGUAAUUUAAGUUUUCAGAGAAAAACUAAAAUAUUGGAUAGCAAAAUAAAAAACCUUGACGAGAUUGUUCUUCCGAAACCAUUUUUAAAUUAAGAAUAUAUCCAAAUACCGGUAUGUAUCCAUGGCAUGUGUUGCCACUUCCGGUCAGGAAUAUAUAUAUAUACUUUUAAUAUCACUGUUUCCUAUGUGUUCUUUGUAAUGAUUAAGGGAGAGAAAAUAUGAACAAAUCAAACCUAGAUUUUUAAUACAUCACUUUUUAAAUAAAAAGCCUUGAACUUUCAA